AUGUAUGUGAAAUGGUUUGAUACAGUAAUGUUUUACUAUGUGAUUUUAGUGAAUUUAGUGAAUGUCACUUUUUGUAAUUUUCAAAUUUCCCGCCGUUCCAUCCCCGUACGUCCUGACGCUUGCAGGGGACGGAACCCAGAUGACAGAUGCCGGCAUCUGCUGGAGGACAUUACAGAGGACACUGCAGGAGGGACAUCGCGGGAAACGCAGGACAAGGUAAGUGAUCGAGGGAUCCUGGAGCAGCGCUGCAUGGUAAGCCCGAGUGUAGCUCGGGGUUACCGAUUGUGCUACACUCGGGAAUACCGCCAGGGAGGCUAC